ACAGUGCCUGCGGUAACUGCGAGAGAUGCAGCAACAACCGCACUCCGGCCAGCAAUCGUCCGGGGCGCCGAACGGGGUGGCGGGGGGCGCCCAAUUGCCACAAACAGGUGGCAUAAGUCCGGCGCAACCUGGCGCGACCGGUACCGCCGCGAAUCGCGCGCAAGUUAACGGGGGCAGAUUCGACUUUGACGACGGUGGGACCUACUGCGGCGGCUGGGAGGAUGGAAAGGCCCACGGCCACGGCGUGUGCACCGGGCCCAAGGGUCAGGGUGCCUACUCCGGCAGCUGGCAUUUCGGCUUCGAGGUGUCUGGUGUUUAUACCUGGCCUAGCGGGUCCGCCUACGAGGGACAAUGGCAGAACGGCAAGAGACACGGUCUGGGUAUGGAGACUCGUGGCCGUUGGCUUUAUCGAGGAGAAUGGACUCAGGGAUUCAAAGGUCGUUACGGGGUUCGGCAGUCUACUACCUCUACGGCGAGAUACGAGGGCACGUGGUCCAGCGGCCUGCAGGACGGUUACGGCUCCGAGACUUAUGCCGACAGCGGUACUUAUCAAGGCCAAUGGCUUCGCGGCAUGCGGCACGGAUACGGGGUGAGGGCGAGCGCGCCGUUCGGUUUGGCGAGCCACUACAAACCACCGAAACAAGUAAGAGCGUCCUUGACGUCGUUAAGGAGCGCCGACGGAGGACCAGCGGUCGCCCCAACGCCGGAACCCACCGACAGGAGAGAUCGACGCGUAGACGACAGCCGGGGGGGUUUCGUCCUGAAAGCGAGGAGCGACGAUCCACCCGCCCGGAGAAAGAGUCUCACCGAAAAGUCCCUGAAGAAGGGUAUUCUCUCGGGUCUCAAGAUACGAAAGCAGAGGAGUACGGGAGAUUUGGAGAAGCGCGGCACUGGUGGUAGUAUCAGAAGUAAUGCAAGCUCGGCAUCGUGGAUGUCGACCGAAAGCUCGCAAAGUCAAGCCUCGGCUUCGGUUCACACAGACAGUAAUGCGUCCUUUGUCAUCGAGGACGAACAGAUGGACGCGUCGGUAACCGAGACGUACCUAGGAGAAUGGAAGAACGAUAAGAGGACCGGCUUCGGCAUAUCCGAGAGAAGUGACGGGCUGCGAUAUGAAGGCGAAUGGUUCAACAAUCGCAAAUAUGGUUACGGUGUCACUACGUUCCGCGACGGCAACAAGGAGGAGGGAAAGUACAAGAACAAUGUGCUUAUUACCAGCCAAAAGAAGAAGCACCUCUUCGUGAUCAGGUCCGCCAAGUUUCGUGAAAGGAUAGAGGCGGCGGUAAGUGCAGCUCAGCGGGCGAGCAAGAUCGCCCUGCAAAAAGCCGACAUCGCUAUCUCCAGGACGGCGACGGCGCGGGGUAAGGCAGAGCUGGCCGAUAUCGCCGCCGAACAUGCCAGAGAGGACUCCGAACUAGCGCAGCAAACGGCGAGGCAGUUCGCGCCGGAUUUCCGACAGCCGGGUUUAGAAAGGUUGCGAAACAGAGAGAUACCCAAGUAUGUUCCGCCGCCGCAGGAUUCUGUGCCGAGCAAGAGCAUCCUGCACAAGACGACCAGCGUGGACCAUCCCAGCGGCGCCACGCCGAUCAAGAGCGCCUCGUUGGCCGUCGAUCCCACAACGACGGCGACAACGACGAUGACGAACGCGACGCCAGCAUCCGCGGCGAAUAACACCGCCAGCAGCGUGAUGCAGUCGAUACGUAGGACCAGUAUGAAGUUGCCGCAGAAUCAGCUGCCGCAAAACCAAAUACCGAAUCAGGUACCACUGGCGCACCAGGUGAACGCACAGCAGACUUUGCUGACCAGUCAGAAUCCGUACCAACAAUAUUCGUAUCAGCAGCAGUCACAGAACCCGGCUCCAGUGAGCCACUACCCGAACAGUAUACCGAAUCAGUACCAACCAAACCAGUACAGCCAGCAGCAUCAGCAGUUCGUCCAGAAUCCGUACCAGUAUCAACCGGCUAAUCCAUCUCAGGUUGAGCAAUACCCCGAUUAUCAGCAACAACAGCAACAGCAGCAACCAAUCGGGUCGCACGACUUCCAAAAUUUGCAGGCUUAUCCCAAUCAGCAGACGGCAAUACCCAAUCAAUAUGGGCCUGGCCAGAUGAAUCAGUACAAUUCACAGUCGAUGUACGCGCAACAAACGCAUCCGUCGCAGUAUCAGCCUGAUGGUAUCAUGGAUGCGGCGAGGCCGCCGAGCUCCACGAGUUUACGAAGAAAUAGUAGAGUCCUGAGUCCUCAGGAUCGACCUGGCACUAUUGGCCAAACGCUAAACGACAGGCUGGACCACUACAAGAGGCCACCUAGUCGUGACAGUUCCGUAGAUCGUUAUGCCAGAGCGCAUUCCCGGUUGACUGGAUCGAGACAGCCAUCCGUCGACAAAACCAUAUCGAACCCACCUCCGGACAUGCUCGACAGAUCGACGAGAGCCCCGAGCGCGAUACGAGCUGGGACGCCGCUGAACGGUUCCGUGAUAGGCAGCGGCGCCGCGACGCCGACGUACAACGCGCCGACGCCCAGUCAGUUCGAGGGGGCUCUCAUAAAAAACCGUGGCCUUGGACAGGACAUUCUGCCGAGUCCUGGGCAGCCUAAGCGCACCGAAAGCCUCUACGUGGCUCCGACUCGCGGACCGUCCGGUGGCGGCGGCGGUGGUAUUGUGCCGAAGGAAGCAGGCCGGACGGUCCCCGCCUUCGCCGCAACGUCAAAGGGCCGCGCAACCCUAUGAGUAUAAGUAUAAAAUAUGUAUACAGAGCGAUGUUAUGCAAUAGCGGUUGGCAAGGAAGCGUAGCUUUCGAGAGGCUCGCGUCGCAAUUCGAGCCAAAUCGGAAUAAUAAGAAAUUACAAUCCGCGCACAACCCCGGUCGCCGUUUCCGCCCAACUCACCCCGGCGUUGAAUAGUUCAGAACGAAUUAAGUUCCGAUAUAACCAAUCUUGUCUCGGGGCAAUUUCAAACGCACGCAUUGACGAUAUUUUUCUAUGAAUUUACGAGUCUCUGUAUCGUCCGAUGUUACCUUAACUAACAAAGACGCGAUUGGGCGGCUUGAACGUCGUGUCCGAAUAGUUAAUUAUAUGGUUAAAGCAACUGCGGAAGCGCAGGCUCGCGGUUAGAACCGACACGUUUGGUUCUCGUCGGACCGGUUGGAUUUUCGCAGUUUACGCACGUUCACUUGAUGAAAACUUGGGGCAGGUUUCCAGAGCGGGGCCUUAUACGAAAAUGAGAGAAUUUUCUAAUAACAUUUUUCGUGAAAAAUUUUGGUGCUAUGUUAUGGGACGUAACACGUAACGCUUGAUGGAGGAGACACUUGUACCUGGUGUAGAUCGCUAUUAGCUGUUAACUUCGCCGCGAUGUCGAACAAUAAAGGACGCUCAUUAAUAGAGUCGCGGUUGAAGGAAGCGCAUUCGAGAUGAGCAAUGCAUAUUUGUGGGAGACCGAGUUAUUUUUCUAUGGGAACACUGCGAGCCGAGUGAGUGACACGAUUUGUUCACUCACGCGAGCAAUCUAGAGUUAUCGUCAAUUUUUGAUCAUCGGGAUUGAUCUUGGAAUAAAUUCGUGUUGAUGCUGCGUAUUAAUAUUUAUCAAUAGCGUGCACUAAUCAAUAGCAUACAAAUACUUGCGCAACGAGUUCCAGAGUGCAGGCAGAUAGUAUAAUCUAUUUAAAUUUAUUGCAACAGAUAUCGCGGCUGAUGAUGAUAAAGAGAGCAUGAAUUAAUUCCAGGAUUAAAUAAACGACGAUCAAAACGUAGCCGACAAGAAAUGGUAGAGAGCUUAAAGAUUCUCGAGAUAUCUUAGAUCGUGUUUCGUCUUGGUCACGAAAGAGGAUCGCUGUCGUUAGGAAACGCUGUUGAGAAACGGAAUUACGCGUGUUAGAGCGAUUUGUGGAUUUCGCAAACCGUGUUUGGAAACGUAGAUUGGCAACGACGACGUCGCCUCAUUGUAUCAAUUCGAGAUACGAUCUAUUGCGCUCAUUGGGUAACAUGCGAGAUCGUCGACGGACCAGUUCAACGAACAAUAAAUGUAACACUGUGUACAGUUCCUUUCAACAAGAGAGACGAAGCAACUAAAUGCCCUCCGAUUUAUUUUUUUUCCGCACGGUACACUCUAUACUUAAAUAAGAUUAUUAAUUCGCGCAGAUAGUAUAAACAACUUACGAGCAUAAACGUACAUGUCUGUGUAUAUGUACGAUGUAUGUAUAGGUAUAUGUAUAGAUAUUUGCACAGUACCGACUAUGUUAAAUCGGAGUGAUAUGCGAGUUGGCUCUCCACUUUGUAAAGCGGCUGAAAAAGCGAAACGAAUCUUUGUUCGCAAUUCUGUUCUACAUUACAUGUGACAUUCCGUUUCUUUUUAUCUUUUUUUUUCUUCUUUGCGAAUAGCUAUUCGAAUCAAGCAUUAAGCAAUCUACGUUAAUUGCAUGCGUGCAUAUAUAUAUAUAUAUAUAUAUAUAUAUAUAUAUAUAUAUAUAUAUACAUACGAAACGUAAACAUUUGCGCGGAGCUGAGCUAUAAGUCAGCGCACGCUUAUUACGUCCAUUAACCGAGCUAAUUAACGGACUUCGGAAGGUAAGCCUAGCCCGCGGCGUGGAGGCGGGGACCAUUCAUUUUUGCUCUUCCAUUCUAUUUUAACCCUCUUUAACCAUAUUUCAAGCCUCUUUCGACCCUUCUUCUGAGCCCUCUCGCUAUAGCCACCUCUCCUAGAUUAUUCGCCUAGAUUAUUCGACCGAUCGAUACCACUCAAUUUACAUUCUCAGAUAUCGCUCUAGUUCAAUUUCGCUAUGCUGUAUUCAGGCUCACAACCCAAAUGGUCUUACACACUUACGACUUAUCAAAUAUUAGUAUUGCUAUUACAGAGAGGGAGACUGCUAAUUAGAUAUUAUUACGCAUUGAGAUCGCAAACGUACGAGGCGCGUACGAGCUUUACAAAAGAGAGUAGAGACUCACUUAUAUACCUACCACCUCCACGCCGCUUCUUUUUCCUGUUUUCUGGUUGGAGACGUUGUUUUUCUAACGCAUGCUUGUCGUGAAUUCGAGUCUAUAUAUUUGGCGCCAUGUGCACAGACAGGGACUUGUUAAAAUGAAAGUAAAUCGCGGGGGAGAGACGUUCGAUACGAAAUGAGCCUUAAGCACGCAGGAGCCUAAUUAAAUCUACGAUGUUAGUCGCCGUUGCCAGUUGCCGAUACACAUAGGUAUAUGUACGGGCGUUAUAUUGUAGUACGUUACUUGUUUCACGCACGUCGCGCACGCCUAUGAAUCAUCGCGUAGAAUAAUUUGCCGCCUACUGUUAACGCGAAGGAAAAGAUAAGUGCGAAGUGCGAAAGCUUAUUUUAUAUAUACUGAAAGAAAUGAACGGUCGAGAAGAAAGAGAGAACUGCAAACGUGAGUUUUAUGACCGCCUGUGUUAAAUACAUUUAUACGAUGAUUCUUUAUACAGGAAGACGUCCAGGUUACAUAUUGAGUAUGUUCCCUGCAUGUGUAAAUAAGGCUAAUACUCGAAUUUAUGAGCAGACGAUAUGGCGAAAUUAUGUACAAUAAUAAGAUUAAAAGCAGACCUUUAACGAUCAAUUUUGCCAACGAUAUACUUGUAACUGUGAGCCUAACUCUUAACCGGCCUAUGCAAUCGGAAUGUGAAAUUCUAAUCGAUAGAAAUUAUAUUGAAGAUCGCACAAACAAGAUACUACUCUUUGAAGUUUUUAAUUAAACUAUGAAGGAAUAUACUCGUUAUAUUUUCAUACAGGGCCGAUUUAAUGAUAUUCAAGAUAUUCAAUAUAAUCUGCGUUAACACCUUAAGUCACAAAUCAUGGUUUCGACAAUAAUGACGGUUGCACAAAAGCACAAAAAUGCGGAGCGAAAGGGUUUACGAUUUGUGCGGGUCCGCAUAAAAUGCAACAAUGGCGCGCAAAUGCAACUCCGAAUGCAACAUUCCCAAACAAACACUUGAAUUUUGACUUAAGCCGUUAAUCUACCCAUGUGUUCACAAGUUACUCGCUUAUGACGAAUUUCAAGUAUAGUAUGAUAUCACGCGACUGUUCGGGAAGAGAGGUAGCACGGAGGGAAGCAUCGACAUUCCGUCAACGUUGAAAAUAGUACCUUUCUUAAUCUCGCACUCAAGUGCCAACCUUGCGAAAAGCGUUGUUCUGUUUGACCUUACGAGAGCUUUUCUAGACAUUUAACGAGUCAGAUAUAAUCACGUUCUUAUUUAUAGCGUGACGCACCAUUAUUUGUAGAUAUGUAGUCGUAGAUGUAGAAGAUCAGAGACACGAGGAUCGAAAUAGAUAAUGUACAUACUCGGUAAAUUUCCAGAUUACAUUCCGGAGAAAGUCGAUCUUAAUGUAGAAAUUGUACCAAUUUCCGUUCACCAAACAACGACGUUGCAAACGUUGAUUCGAUGUACUGAAUGUAUUUAUGUAUAUCAUGUAUAAGCUGUUAUUGAUGACAAAUUAAAGAGCAUCGCGUAAA